CACAGAAAAGUGAAAACCGGUUCAAUUUGCAAUUCUGCACGGCCGCUUUCGAUAUUUAACUUCCAGCAUUCUGCACCACAGUCUAUUCAUUUCCACCAGUGUAAUCUUAUCUUCCCUUCAACAGCUCCCACCCAGCACCGCUACUAUGGAGGACCUGAAGAAUGCUACGGACGAGUUCUCCCUGAACCUAUACCAUGCCAUCACUUCCGACCCGAAAAAGGCGAAUAAGAAUAUCUUUGUAUCUCCGUUGAGCAUUCAAUCCGCUUUGCUACUGACAUAUCUUGGCUCCGAUGGAGAAACCAAGGCGGAAAUCGAAUCCACCCUGCAGCUGCAAAAGUUCAGUGGGAAAGAGGAAGCACUGUUGAAUCAGUAUAGCGAUGUCCUAAACGUCUUCGUUCCCAGUAAGAACGAAAAGGGAGUUAACAAUUUCGAGCUAUCCCUGGCCAACAAAGCGUACUUCCAGCAAGGACAACCACUAAAGGAAGGAUAUGUUCGGGCUAUCAAACAAAAUCUGAACAGCGAAUUGGGAGAAGUCGAUUUCCAAGGCAAUGCUGUCAAGGCGGUGUCUGAGAUCAAUCAGUGGGUGGAAGGGAAGACGAACAACAAAAUAAAAGAUCUAGUGACCACUGACGCGGUGGGGCCUGACACUGCGUUUGUUCUCGUCAACGCCAUCUAUUUCAAAGCGGACUGGCUGAGCAAAUUUGAAUCGGCCAACACCAAAAAAGCAGAUUUCUACAAUCUGGACGGCAGCACGAAACCCGUAGAACUCAUGUACCAGAAGAUGAAGACCCACAUUGGGGAUACCGACUUCCUGUCUGAUGAUUCCAAAAUCAACCUUCCACCGUACCAACUUCUGAAGCUGCAUUAUAAGAACGAAGAGCUGUCCAUGCUGAUUAUCUUACCCAGGGAAAAAGACGGCCUAGGUGCGCUUGAGAAAGAAUUGACUGUCGAAAUUCUGAAUGAUAUACAGAAGAAAGUCUGGAAACGGGAUGUUAUGGUCUACUUCCCGAAAUUCAAGCUGGAAGAGCAAUACCAAAUGAAGCCCGUGCUGGAUAAAAUGGGAAUUAAAGGACUGUUCAGGAAUGCAAAUCUGUCCCGAUGCACGGAUGACCCGCGAGUCCAUUGCAGCGAAGUUAUUCACAAAGCUUUCGUCGAGGUGAACGAGGAAGGAACGGAAGCAGCAGCCGCGACGGCAAUGGUGAUGAUGACGCGGUCUAUGCCACCACCACCAGUAGAAUUCCGCGCGGAUCAUCCAUUUAUCUUCGCCAUUCGCCAUGAGAAAACAGGACUGAUCGCUUUCAUGGGACGCGUUGGACAAUUGUAAUCAUUCAUCUGUGCCGCCUUGCGCAGCACACACUUUCCCUUUGACGUUGAUCUAACAUUGUGCUUUUCUGCUUAUUAUGCAAAGCGAUCUAUAUUUUAUAACUGCAGCUACUUAUCACUUCGGCUGACUGCUUGGUUUUACAUUAAGAUUUACACAAACAGAAAACCGGUCGUAAAUUUGCCGCAUGCUUCUGUCUGUGCCCUGUGGCUGUGGACUAUUGCGUAAGCCUCCUAGCCUUGUGUAUGGGCUCGCAGUGAUUUCAUACCUUGCAUACCAUUAAAAAAAGAAGCAUAGAAGCUAAAAAAAGAA